UUGUUCUGUUGCCACUCUUUUACAGAGAGAGUCCCUUUGAUCAUUCCCUAUGUCUUCAAUAGUGAGAGUUAUGGAGGACUCCUCUGACGAAGCUGUGCCUGAAUUUCCUCUGAUUCCAAGUUCUGAAAGGAUCAAUGGGUUUAAAGGAACAGAAAACAAGGAAGCACUUGAGCUUGAGACGUCAUCAAACGCCAUUAUUAUUAAUGCAGAAGAACUGAAGAAACAAUUGCAGUUGGCAGGACCUUUAGUCAUAGUUGGUUUUUUGCAGUACAGCAUACAGAUGAUAUCGGCUGUGUUCUUAGGACACCUCGGAGAGCUCCCUCUCUCCAGUGCAACUAUGGCUACUUCAUUUGCUGGAGUCACUGGUUACUAUUUCAUUCUAGGAAUGGCAAGUGCACUAGAAACGUUUUUUGGACAAGCCUAUGGAGCAAAACAAUAUCACAUGCUUGGUAUGCACUUGCAGAGAGCUAUGCUUGUACUUAUGCUAACAGGCAUUCCCAUAGCAUUCAUUUGGAACUUUACUGGGUAUAUUUUCACACUUUGUGGACAAGACUCUGAAAUUUCUACACAAGCCGGGAUAUACGCACGUUGGUUGAUCCCUAGUAUUUUUCCUUACGCCCUCCUUCAGUGUCAACUUCGAUUCUUACAGACUCAAAAUAAUGUAAAGCCGUUGAUCAUAAGCACAAUCAUGACAACUUUGCUUCAUGUCCUUAUCUCAUGGAGUUUGAUAUUCAGAAUUGGCCUUGGCAACAAAGGUUCUGCCCUGUCCAUUGCCAUCUCUUAUUGGAUCAAUGUGUUGUUUUUGGCAAUUUAUAUCCACUUUUCGUGUACUUGUCAAAACACUUGGACUGGAUUUUGCAAAGAGGGUAUGAAAGAUCUUGCCAGCUAUGUUUCACUGGCUAUUCCCUCAGCUUUUAUGGUUUGCUUGGAAUAUUGGUCGUAUGAGUUUCUGAUUCUUAUGUCUGGUCUUCUACCUAAUCCCAAGCUUGAAACAUCAAUGAUGGCAAUCAGCUUUGACACAAGUUCAUUGGUAUUUAGAAUCCCUUAUGGAAUUGGCAGCGCAGUAAGCACGAGAGUUUCAAAUGAAUUAGGUGCAGGGCAACCACGUGUUGCACAACUUGCGGUACAGGUUGCCAUAUUCUUGGCUACUGCACAAGGCCUGUUCACAAGCUUAAUUUUGGUUUCAGUACGCAACAUAUGGGGCUAUUUAUAUACCAAUGAAGAUGAAGUUGUGAAAUACAUGGCUUCAGUAAUACCAGUGCUUGUGAUUUCCAACUUCAUGGAUGGAAUUCAGGCUGCACUCUCAGGUACUGCAAGAGGAUGUGGUUGGCAGAAGAUUGGGGCAUUUGUGAAUCUAGGAGCUUAUUACUUAGUUGGCCUUCCUUCUGCCAUCAUCUUAACUUUUGUCCUACACUUUGGAGGGAAGGGCUUAUGGAUGGGAAUCAUAAGUGGGAGUGGACUGCAAGCAUUACUGCUUUUAGUUAUAACCAUUCACAUAGAUUGGCAGCAUCAAGCAAGCAAGGCUAGGGAUAGAGUAUCUAUCUAGCUUCCUGGUAGAUAUGGUGUCACAAAGAAGUUUAUCAAGUGCCUACCUUUUCAUGUGAAAAACCAUAUGAAGCAGCUCUAUAAUACAUAUGUUAUGUGCAAAGGAAAACACCAAAUUCAGUUUUCAUUGAUUUCCCAACAAGGGUAAACACCUUCAUAGUACAACGUAAAGCAAAAGCUUCAAGCACAAGAACUGGUGAUAAGCAAGGUCAAGACUCAAAACAUCCACCACCUCAUUUGGCGUUGUUUAAGUUAAACUAUUAUUUUUUCUUUUUUGGACUCCAAAGUCAAAAGUUAAUGUAAAUUGAAACUUUUAUUAGGAUUUGAUUAGAUUUCAUAUUCUAAAAACUCAACUCAUAUUUUACUAGUGUGGACAUUAUUUUCUAAAUGUCUAUUUACAAAUAUCUACCUUUGUAAUCAUUUUAUUCUAACUUUGGCUUCU